AUGUCCAACCCUGCAGGUACCUUUGACAAAGUCUACCACACGGUAACUGACUACCUAGGCAUUCCUCGCAAUAAUAGGAAGGACGAGCAAGGGACCUGCAUUAUAGUACUGGGAAUCCAAAUAGAUUCCAUUGCGAUGGAAGCUCGUCUGCCACAAGAGAAGCUGUGCCGCGCCACAUUGGACGCCGCAGCUGCCCUUAACGCAACAAGUCUUUCUCUCAAGCAAAUAGAAAGCCUUACAGGCUUACUAGCCUUUUGCUCAAGAGUAGUCCAGCUUGGAAGAACAAGGCUACAGUCUCUCUACACCUUCCAGAUCGCCUUCCCACGUGGGAGCUGCACGCGCCGCCGUAUCCCCUAUGAGUCUACAUUAGACUGCUGGUGGACCCAUUGUCACCAGCUUCAAUCAUGCAAUGCUGCCUCACUGGCCCUUGCUCAAGACGCACACGUGCAUAUCAACACCACAGAAGUAGAUGCUAUCCUACAAGGCUUCUUACUCUUCAGCCAUCAUUGGCUUCAUCACACGCUUGUUAUCCAUACGGAUAGCUCCACAGUGCACACAGGACUAAGCAAAGGCUUCCUUCGUGGUCCACCCAAUGUACCAUUGAAGAGUCUGCUUAUCCUAGCGGUGGCGAGAGACAUCCAAAUUCAUAACUAUGAGAGACACUACGCGCUACAAAACUUACCAGCAUGGCCUGCGUCAAAACAGUCAUUAAUUUUAUGGUUAACCUCCCGACUCCUUGGUAAUUCUAACCAAAAAGCAAUCAAGCCAGAUACUGCAUUGUCAGAUUUAGCUGCCCUCCAAGCCUAUCAUAUUGAUAAUUUCCUUGACGACAAGCUUUUUGAUAACAAACACUUCAGGCGCCUUAUAGACAGAGCAAGAAGGCUCACCCCAACAACCAAAGUACGAGUUAGAAAGCCCAUUUCCUGUGAGGCCAUUACGAAACUAUCAUCUGGCCUAAUUGCACUUCCGUCGCAGCCCUCAGAGAUGACUGCAGAUCUCAUAGAUGACCUGAACUUCGCAACCGCCUGUCAAGUAACAUUUGCUGGAUUCCUCCGUAUUGGAGAAUUCACCUACAAAAAAGAAGACCUCAACGCGUCCUCUAUCUUCACAUCAACAAAGCUAACCCGUUUAGACAUCAGAUUCUCUCCCACAUUAGAUCAUGUACAACUCACGCUCAAGGGAAGCAAGACGGAUCGCUGUCAUGAAGGAGUACAGAUUAUCCUUGCAAAAACAGGAGAUGGAGCAUGCCCAGUUGACGCCCUUCAAAAGCUGUUUUUUCUUGACCCUAGAGGACUUAACGCACCAUUGUUCUCCUUCCACAGAAGGCCAUUUACUCAUGCCGCACAACAUGCCCACAACAGCGGGAUUUUAGACGACCAGAUCCAGGCCCUUGGCAGAUGGACCUCAGAGGCAUUUAGGGUAUAUUUUACGACGAACGCAUUGAUUCUAUACAAGCUCAACCACCAGUUUCAGACCGGCUCGCCAGCCCCUCUGUCUCU